GUCCUGUCACAAUGUGAGUCCCCCCAUUGGACUUCCUCGAGCAUCUUUCUUACAGUCUGUGACGGCUUCUCAUCAAACUAUGGCCUCUUAAACAAGGCAAGCACUGCUGGAAUUUAGCGUAAUUCUCCUCCUAUAAUACCAAUUCAGAACCCUCAGUAACGGAGAAACGCUGUAUCACCAUUAAAGCUCUAAAAUGGCGGACGAAGAGCGGCCGCCAGCCCCUCCUCUCCGACUAACAUCCAACAAAGAUGCUAUUUCUCCUGGCUCUCGUCCUCUACCAAGCGCUCCUAUCGAGGAGAAAAAGAAGAAGACAGCCACUUUUAGGUUAUUCCCUAACAAGGGAGAAUAUAACAAGAAAAAGCCGGAAAUAUCCUACCCUACCCAGUUUGAGCACACUAUUCAUGUUGGUUUUGAUCCAGUAACUGGAGAAUUUACGGGCAUGCCAGAAGCAUGGGCAAGAUUACUUCAAGUGUCAAAUAUUACACAAGCAGAACAGAAAAAAAAUCCACAGGCUGUGUUGGAUGUUCUGAACUUCUAUGACAGUAGUAAAGAUAAAGCAGAAACAACAAAGUUUAUGACCACUGUCAAACCUUAUGCCUCUCACAGUCAUCGUUCUUCUUCUUCUUCCUCCUCUGAACCUUCACGGCGGGGGAUACCGCCAAUUACUACCAGUAGCCCAUCUGCUUUAGAUGCAACCAAGUCACUUUCAUGUUCCCCUUUUGGCUGCUCUUCGCCUAAAACAACCCAGUCAUUAAACCGUAAAGGAAGCUUUCGAUUAAAACUUAAACGAAGCUUGUCCAAGAAGCGCAGAAAAUCUCUGCCUUCCAAAACAAAUUGUAAUAACUGUAAACAACACGAAGAGACAAUAACAAAAUUAAAUGACUCUGGUCGUAAAUAUUCCUCUCCCACCAUGUCUGGAGAACCAAGGCAUGCAUCACCUGAAAGACUAUCAUCUGCAUCACGUUCAGAUACGAGUUCAUUAACAGAAUCAUCUCCUGCGUCACUUGGUGAUGACUUAGAAUCAACACUUAGUUUACGGUCAGAACCUCUGAUUAAUCAUUCAGAACGUACUCCAAAAGAAUCCAAUAAAGGUAUUCAAUUGUAAAUGAUAUUCCACACU